AUGGCCAAAAAAACAGGAAAAAGACGAACAGAGGACGAUGGCUCAGCCCCACCAAAGUGCUCGUCGUUGCUGCUCGUGAGUCAUCGGCUGCCCGCUGCCGGACGGCGAGCUGCUGCUACUCGGAAAAGAACCCGACGGGUCUCGGCACGUUACUGUUCAUGGUUCGAGGUGGCUAAACGAGCACGAACAGGGGCUCGUCUCAGCCUGCGGCUGUUGCUCGAGGGUCUGCUACUCGAGGACACGCGGCUGAAGCUCCUCGACAGGGUGCUGCUGCGAAUGAUGGCUGGUCACGGCCCGUCGCUGGUCGAGGGUCGCUGGCGAUGGUUGCCUUUGGUUGAAGGUCAGAGGUCGUUUCAGCCGUUGUCGGAAGACGGGGCUAAACAAAGCUCGGUAGUCGAGAGCUCGAAAUCGCUGGACAAUGGUUGGGGCUCGCAAACAGAUGGACCACCGUUCUCGAUGGGCUGCCAUGGUGAAUUGCCGGUGAAGGCGGCUACAGGCGGAUUGCGAGGGUCAAAGGACUCGCUAGCGGCCUGCUACAGAAGGGAGUUUCCCGAGGAGAUAACGGGAUCGAGGCUCGACGUCGGUGGUUGGUGGCUCGCCGCUGGAAGCUCGCUGGCCGAAGGAAUUCUCUGA